CUGUUUGAUCGGAGUUUCGAAAUUUUCGAGGAAGGGUUUGAUGAAAUCUGCGAAAUUAAACCCUAAAACUUGAAAUGGAUCAAUUAGGGCUUUAUUCCAGAGGGGUUUACUCAGUUUGAUUGGACUUUGGAAAGUUGGGAAAAUUUUCAGCUCUAACGUUUACUGCCUGUUUGAUCGGAGUUUCGAAAUUUUCAAGGUAGGGUUUGACGAAAUCUGGGAAAUUAAGCCCUAAAACUUGAAGUGGAUCAAUUAGGGCUUUAUUCCAGAGGGGUUUACUCAGUUUGAUUGGACUUUGGAGAAAAUUUUCAGCUCAAGGAUUUGUUUAAGCUCGGGAUAUGAAACCCUAAGCGUGAAAUUAUGAAGGAUAUUGGUUUUACUUUCUUCAAUAAUAUCUUUUGAGUUUGCCCAAUUUGGUGAAUGCGGAUUUGAGGGGUUUUACUGAACUGAAGGCCGCUGAUUGAUUUUGAUCUUCUGCGGAGGACUUCUAUGUGAAUCAGUUUUCUCAGUCUGCUGAUUGUUUUGGAUCUUCUGCAAUGGAAGACACAUAUUUGUUUUGUUUUGAAUCGCAACUAUGUGGAUCAGUUUGUUCAUUCUUUCGUUUCAUGUAUUUUUGUUUCAUAGAUGGACGUCAAGACAGCAAGAAAGCCUUAUGUUUUUGAUCGCCUGGGAAGAAAACCUUCAGAUAUUUCUCACAACAAAUCUGUUUGCAUCUUCUGGCGUAAUGGUAAAUGCCUCAGGAACCCAUGUAGGUUCCUUCACAGUGAACUACCAGUCACAUGUGCAAAGAAAGGGUCCUACUUGGAGUCAUCUAAUCAGAAGGAUCUCCCUACAAAGAACUCCAAUUAUAUUAGGACCAAGAACAAAUUGGUUUUGAAAAGGUUCUUGGAAACUACUGUUGAAAAUUCCCGAGAAGAUGCUGGUUCUAAAGACUGCAAAAGGGGAACUUCUAAGAACUUAGCUUUGAAGAAUGAGGAGAGUGGUUCCAACAGUACAGAAGAUGUUCUUACGAAAUCUGAAGAUGUUCUUACGAAAUCUGAAGAUGUUCUUAAGCAAAAUGUUUGUCAAUCCUGGGUGCAUGGCAACUGCAUAGAUGGCAAUAAGUGUCAGUCUCUGCAUUCCUGGUUUCAUGCGGAUGGGUUAUCGAUCUUGGCUCGGCUUCAAGGGCACACAAAGGCAGUCACAGGGAUUGCACUUCCUGAAAAAAACAACAAGCUUUACACAGGCAGCAGUGACAGAACAGUUCGGAUUUGGGAUUGUCAUACAGGACAAUGUGCUCAAGUCAUUGAACUCGGUGCCGAUAUAGGAUCAAUGAUUAGUGAAGCUGUUUGGGUGUUCAUUGGCAUGCCUAAUGUUGUUAAGGCAUUGAACACUGAGUUAGGUGCCGAAUAUGAUCUCAAUGGACCGAUUGGUCAAGUGUACGCCAUGGCAACAACUGAUGAUAUUACGCUUUUUGCUGGAGGCCAGGAUGGUGUUAUUUUAGCGUGGAAGUGCACUACUGAAACUAAUUCCCCUUUCCAACCCAUCGCAUCUCUUAAAGGACACACAUCAGACGUAGUAUCUUUAACUGUUGGACGCGAGCGGUUGUAUUCAGGUUCUAAGGACCACACAAUAAGGGUUUGGGAUCAUAAAACUUUAGAGUGUGUUAUGACACUGGAUGGUCAUGCCGAUACUGUGACGUCCCUUAUUUGUUGGGAGGAUUAUCUGUUAUCCGGUUCUUUGGACCGGACAGUAAAGGCUUGGGCUAUGAAUGAAGAGGGCCACGUGGAAGCAAUCUAUACACACGUUGAGGAACACGGUGUUGUUGCUUUCUGCGGGAUGAGGGAUGGGAAUGGCAAACCAACCUUGUAUUGCUCUUGUAAUAACAAUUCUGUCCAGUUGUAUGAAAUGCCAUCAUUCGAUGAUGGGGGCAGAUUAUUUACCAAACAAGAAGUUAAAGUUAUCCUACAUGGUCCAAAGGGACUCGGACUUUUUUUUACUGGGGAUCAAACUGGUUUGGUCACGGCGUGGAGGUGGUUACCAAAAUCCAAGGAGUAGCAGCAGAUUUGCUGUCUUUUUGUUUGAACAGUUACUCAUUAGUUGAUUAAAUGUACAAAAUUUUGUAAUAACCCUUUUACGAUGAGGAAUAUAAUAUAAUAGAAUUGUAUUUUUCUUCUA